AUGUCGCGCAAUGCCUCAACACCAUCUCCCGGCCCGCGGAAGGCACCGCAUUGGUCGUCCCACCUUCGCCAGCUGAGCAGAUCGAGCUUGGAUAGAUCGUCAGAUCAACCCCCUCAAUCGCCCGACACCGUGUCGAGCCAGUCCACAAUACGCGACCUGUCCUCUUCAAGAAGGGCUCGUAUGGAUCGAAGAUGCACCGUCACGAUCAACGACUCUUUCGCCCGCGAUGAGGUCCUCCUCAACCUUGACCUGUUGGGGGCCGAUAUCAAGCCGGGCGGGAUGAUGGCCAUUGAUGUUUUGAAAGCAGAAACCGACAAGGUGUCACAGAACAUGCUAGGGAAACAACAUAUUCAGGAUCGAGGGAAGGAUGCCUCCCCGGCAAGCAACUCGAAGCCUGUUGAUGCCCAGAGGCGCUACAUUUUCGUGGUAAAGGACAUGACAAAGGAUCUCAAGGCUCGAUAUCCGACUGCCGAGGUGUACGUUGCGAAGCAUAUCGCCGACGUGUUUGGCAUGAAGAAAGGUUCACAAGUUCUCCUAACUCCGAUAGAUGCCGACAACCCCGCAGUAGAGGCCUCUCAUGUGGAGUUGUCCUUCAAGGAUCAGUAUCUGUCAAGAUCUGACAUGUGGAGGAUGGCUGUCAUGGAGCUGUCUGAACGGACAGUGUAUAAAGGCCAAAUGGUGCUCUUCCUCGGGAGUGUGAAAGCCCAAGUUACCACCGUCUUCGUCGAAGGCCGGAAGGUCCAGUCGGCCUUCUUCGGCCGAAACACGCGGCCCAUCUUCCGGAGCGAGUCUGCCCGAUACGUAAUCUUCAUUCAGAUGGCCCGAGAGAUGUGGGACUUCGACUCGGACGGGUCAGGGGAAAUCAUGUUCAACAAGGUCGUGAAUGGGUUCCUUCCUGCCUUGUUCAAGAAGUGGAUAUCCCUGAAGGUGAAACACCUGGUGAGCAUCGUCCUCUUUGCCAGGGUCGAAUAUGACACCGGCCUCUCCACCGAGCUUGCCAGUACUGCAGUGCACGACGAUUACUACACAGGUACCCAGUCUUCUGGAAAAAGGCGUCCUUACAAGGAUUUCUACCGGGUCGUCGUAAGCGAGAUGGCGAGCGUUGGAUGGACCAAGAUUCUCUACCAACUGAAGCGGGAGUUUAACUUCUUCCGACGCGACAUAUCCGUGCACCACCAGAAGGCGAUGGUUUCCUCCUCAAUGUCUGAUGAUAACUCCGGCAAGGAAACCGCCUCCAAUCGGAUCAAGGCUGAACCGUCGAGGGCGAUAUAUGGCAACCUUCUUGAGGCCAUCAACAUGGCAACGACUGUAUUUGCGCACGACUAUAUUGACCGGGACCUGAUGCGGACCGGGGUGUCGAUCAUCCUGAUCACCCCGAGCCCCGGCGUAUUCGAGGUGGACUACGACUCCUUGCAGAGAACCACCGAGGCUCUGGCUGGCAACGGAAUCGGGAUCGAUCUUAUCUGCGUACCUAAAAUCCCUCUCCACUCGGUCCCCCUAUUCCGCUACAGGAAUCCUCUUUACCAUGACAACUCGCACAACAAGCCGAGGUUGGUUAUCAGCCACGGAAGUACCCCACGGCAGGGCACUCCCGCUGUUGGCAGCUAUUCCAGCUUUUCCGCCUCCUUCUCGCCCAGCAAAGGGACUGACAUCACCUUGCGUGGCGACUCGUUCGCAUCCAGCGCUUCCAGGGAUGAGUGGUGCUUUGCGCUUCCCCACUGGCUGCAUGUAUCCUAUUGGACCGGCACCGCCGAGGAAGCUCUUUCGUAUCAGGGUAUUGCCGUGUCUGUGUCAGACACGUCCCAGAAGCAAGACGACGGCGAGUUCACGAUUCGAUGCAGAAUGUAUGGCUUGCAGAUGAGGAGCGUGUUGGAGACAAACGAGAUAGAGACAAGCCUGAUGUAUACAGAUCCCGACUUCCCGCUCAAGGGGCUGAAUUCCGGAUACAUGUCUAGAACCCCAAGGCCGAACGACCAGCAGUCCAGGAUCAGAAACACCAAGGUUCCACAGACCCUAUUUGAUCAUGUGUACGGAUUCCAGAAGUUCGCCCCUGAUAAAAACUCCAAGUUGGGGGCAAAGUCGUUAUGGAGGCAGCUCCAGGACUACGACGAGGCAAAGGCACGCUUGCCUACGUCGCGGAAACCCAGCUUGCGACCCAUUUUUCGCCGAGAUCUGGAUGAUGUCCCGAGACGACAGCACCUGGAAGACAGCGGACCUCUAGGGUCAUCUCUCACUGAGAGGAAGGGCUCGGUAAGCACCCUGGCAAUGCCAAACGUGCUGUCGUCAACAGGCUGGGAGCCGUCCGAGCGGCCCGGUCCGUUUGUAUCGAAUCCGCACCCGGUGUCAGAGACGAAUCUAAACUCGAGCCUAUCUCCGACGAAACCCCCGAGAUUCAUACGACAGAUUAGCAUUGGCCACCGAGGCUUUGGUAUAGCUCCGCCGAAGGCGGCAGUAGCAGAGCUGAGCACCGAGACUGUCAGUGCAUCGCGAUCCGGCGCUGCGCCGAGCUCCGCGGCGACACCAGUCAAGGCCCCCAAGCGCCCGGCUUCGCGUCAGACAACCUCUAGUGGUUCCUUGACACCUUACGCGCAACCGUCGGGGCAGCAGGGGCAGCAGACAUACAACCAGGAAUCGCAGUUCCUCGCAGAGACCCCAACUCGACCCAUCGUGAUCAGGGGGGAUCAGCAUUCGUUGGAUGGCACUCCAUAUGUAUUAGGCUCCAGACUGGCCUCAACGCUUCGAGCGGAAUACCCUGUUGAGGAGAGGGACGUGAGACACUCAAACGCCAUUAGAGCAGACGACGCCCAGAAGGUCUACAACUCGAAGCUGCUUGCUGGGGCCCUGCCUGAGCUGCCAUCGACAUUAUCACCGAGUGCGACUCGCUCCCCCUGGCUGACGGUGCUGAACCCUUGCAACCCAGAUGCCAAUCGGGUUGACGCGUCGCAACUGUACAGCCGUUGGCAGCACGUCUUUCCCCGGCCCUCGGAGAUGAGGAUCAUGAAAUGGAAAUCCCUAUGUUCCCCAGCAGCGGUCCCCCUGACUACCGAGUACUUCCCCACCAGAGAGCAGUUCGAUUCGGAAUAUCAGCGGCAACCUUACAACGUAUCCCAAAACGUGGAUGACGAGCUGGACGAGGAGCUCAAGUCGCGCGGUGAGUUGCUUCGGGAGCUGGUGGGCCUGAGGUUCUCUCAGGGGUUCCAAGUUGUCAUUGGCUCAGCCGUCGCAAAAGCCUCGGGCCAGAAACAGCUCAAGAUUGCCGACAUGUUUUCUCGCAAUCACACGCCGGAGGACGGCACGAGCAUUUUCAUGUCGGUCGGCAACACCAUACAUCAACUCUCGUGCGUCAACGACACCGAGGUCGAAGUGAACAUCUUCAGUCGCAAGCCCACGGAGACCGUGCAGCAUCUAAACGAGUUGAACCGUCUAUAUAAGCCAGCGAUUCGCACACUUUUAGAUAGUGGUUAUGAGACGAUCGCGUUUGAUGCCGGCAUGCAGAGAUCUGUCAGGAACUGGAACUAUAUCGAUGCGUACAUUGCUGGGCACAAUGACCAGCUGACCGAGGAUCUGAGGUUCUGGCGGGCGAGAUUCGUCCUAAUACCGACCGUCGACCGGAGCGCUUUGCUUUUGGGGCCGCAUACCUCCGACAACGAGGAGGAGAUUCGCCUGGAAGGCAUCAGAAAGCUUGCUCAGCUCUGGCUGAAAUUCCGCUAUGUCCCGCCUGACGAGAGACGCUUCCAGGGCUCAGCGAAUCGGCAGACGAAAGUCCAAAAUCCGCUCGACAUUGUUUAUAGGACGGAAGAACCCUCGGAGGUCAUCGCAGCAGAAUUAGAGACACUGCCUCUUCUGGAGGGUCUCGAGGGCGGCUCCAGGAAGGGGCACCUCCUGACGAGUCGGCAGCGAUUCGAGAAGAAGAACUUUAGCGUGGCUGCUUUGGCAGAAUCCAUACAGCAGCCCGUCGAAAACGGCGGGGUGCGAAUGCAGAAUCGCCGAUGGCACCUGCGACUCCACUAUAACUGCUUUAUCGGUUCUGACAUGACGAGCUGGCUCCUGGACAACUUUGAGGACUUGGAAGACAGGGAGGAGGCGGAGGCACUGGGGAAGAAGCUCAUGGUCGCAGACGAAGACAGGGCCAAAGACAAGGACAGGGAUCCGUCAAAGGAGACCAAGAGGGAAGGCGGGCUGUUUGUCCACGUGGAGCGACGACACCCUUUCAGAGACGGGCAGUACUUUUACCAGAUCAGCAGCGAGUAUGCCAAGCCGCAUCCCCCGGGCUGGUUCAACACGAGGCGGAGGGAAACGGUCGCUCCGCCUACACCGCUCUCGGAAACCAUGUCUCCCCGGCCAGGGCUUCGGCCGACCUCGAUACACGAAGAAUCAUCGCCCAUAUCCGGCGCCGCUACGCCAACGCAACCCGUCAUGAGCGGCAAGAAGCCGCGAGUGGUGCUGAGCAAGAUGAUAAAGUACGAUGUCGACCACCGGAAGCGGUCUUACCGGCCCGAGGUAAUCGACCUGCACUACGACCGGCUCCACAACCCGGAUAACUGCUAUCAUAUCAGGGUGGACUGGAUGAACGUGACGGCAAAACUCGUCGAAGACGCUAUCGAGGGCUGGGCGAGGGAGGCGGGUCAGUAUGGCCUUCGACUCGUCGAGGUCCCGAUCGCCGAAGCAUGCACCAUCACCGGGACCAACCCGUUUCGGCGUCCGCAUCUGGCCAAGCUAGCAUUGCCGCCGCCGGAUCAGCAACCAGCGACCUACUUCGACCCCACCUCAUUCACACCCCGGACCCAGCCGGGGAGGCACUUCUACCAGAAGGCCAUCCUCAAGAAGUUCGACUUCAUCCUCGACGUCGAGGCAGCCUCCAAUUUCCCCAGCAACGUGGACGUAUCGUACUCGUGGGGGAAGCCCGAUUUCAAGUAUACGCAGUACAUCCACCGGUCUGGGGUUUUACUUGCCGAGAUCACCGACGAGGGCGACUUCCUCCUGUUGGCGAACAGGCUCUACGGUCACAGGGCGGCAUCGGUGAGGGAGAAGGAGAUACAGAAGGAGAUGAGGAACGAGCAGGGCACCAUGGAGCGCGGCGGGCCCCCUCGCAUGCAGCAGUUGAGCUCGUACACCCCCUAUGGAGUCGCGGAUACGACACCGGUCUCCUCCCCGCUCGCCAGACCGGCCCUCUUCGCAUCUCCUGCCCUGAGGCCUGUAGCCACUCCCCCACCCGCAAGCGAGCCCGCCGCCGGCGCCGGGCCGCAGCAGCAGCAGCAGGCCAAGCCCGCCUCGACGCCCGUGGAACCCGAGGCGAUCAAGGACGAGCUCGAGGCGUUCUGCCGGGACACGGCCGCCCUGGACGCCUUCUACCGGGAGGUUCUCGAGCGGGCGACGGCACAGCAGCAACAGCAACAGCAACAGCAGCAGCAGCCAAGCGCGACACCCAGCGUCGGCGCCACGCCCGCGCCGUCCGUGGGACAGGGCGGCGUCCCGGACACGAGCAUUCCCACCCUGGGCCUGCCGCCGGGCAUAAUGGCGGCGGCGGUAGGCCCAGACGCGGUCGGGAGCCCGCGGGUGGGCAGUCCCGCGCUCAUGUCGGCAUCGCAGCUGCUGCGGCGGGGCAGCGUCCAGGACGGGAUAUUGGGGCUGCGGCUUGGGGGCGGGGUGUGUUAUGGCGCAGGGAAGAUGGAUGAUGAUCAGCAGACAUCCUGGUGUCAGACGUCAGAUGUCGACGAUGACGAAAACAGCGGUGAACGAGACCCGGUCAGAGUACAGAUUGGUCAAAUAACUGGUGGUGGUGUGUUGUUCGACUGGGUAGACGAUGUUUGGUCGAAUUCGCGUUGCUGGGCCGUGCCACCUCGGGUUGCCAAAAACAAGCGGCAGAUGGGCCAGCCAGCAGGGAAGGAGGAGGCCUCCUCUGAGUGGGCCGAAAUGCAGGGACCAACUAGGUACCUAAGUCUAGGUCUAGAUGAUAAAGAAUUCCAGUGGAAUGGGAGGUCGAGACAAGCAAUCCUGCCGAGAAACUCAAGCUUUCUGGCCUUUCUUGGCAGCAGUCCCGUUUGCCACAUUGCCAACAUCAUCCGCCUGAUCUACACAUUCACCAACAGAUAG